AUGGCUCUCAGUGCCAAGAACAAGAUUGGAUUUGCAUAUAGUACUUUGAAGAAACCAAUGAACACAGCUAGUGUUGAGUUUAGAAUUUGGACUCGUUGCAAUGAUCUAGUUGCAUCUUGGACUAUGAAUUCCAUCUCGAAGGAGAUUGCAACUUUUCUCAUCUAUACGACCAAUGCUGAAGCUAUUUGGUUGGAUUUGAAAGAAAGGUUUUCACAGAAGAAUGGUCCAAGGAUUUUCCAAUUACAGAGGUCUCUUUCCACUCUCACUCAAGACAACAUGCCUAUAAGUCAAUAUUUUACUCGUCUUAAGGCAUUAUGGGAUGAAUUGAAUAAUUUCAAACCUUUGGAUUUGUGUGAUUGUUGUCAUUGUGGAAAGAUAAAGCAAAUUCUUGAUCUUCGAGGCCAAGAAUAUACAAUUCAAUUCCUUAUGGGUCUCAAUGACUCAUAUUCUCAGAUUCGAGGCCAAAUUCUUCUUCAUGAUCCAAUUCCCUCUAUAACCAAAGUUUUCUCUUUGAUUGUUCAAGAAGAAAAACAAAGAGAAAUUUCUCUUAGUUCCUUGUCUCAUGAGAUUGCUGCACUCAUGACAAGAACUCCACCAGUUGGAAAUAGGUUUAGUGAACCUACAAAACAGAGUUUUGUCGAGAAGGAACGUCCAAUAUACUUUCAUUGUAAAAUUCCUGAACAAUUGUAG